AUGAAGGCGUUCGGUUUCGUGCUGCCCGCGUUCGUUUCGUCGCAGUUGGCGAGCGCUUCGCCGGCUUGGAUUGCGCCGGAGUAUAAUGCUUCCAACACGCUGCUCGACCCGGAGGGCAACAAGCUGGGCGCCGUGGCGUCGGAGAGCUCGAUAUGCAGUCAGAUUGGUGGAGAUGUCCUGAAAGCGGGAGGGAAUGCUGCGGAUAGCAUGGUGGCCACUGUGCUAUGUGUUGGUGUCAUCGGCAUGUAUCAUAGGUGGGGUUGAGCUCCCUCUCAAGAGAAAUGCACGAAUUCUCACAGUUCGCAGUGGUAUCGGCGGUGGCGGGUUCAUGCUUGUCAGAAGUAGCAACGGAAGCUAUGAGUUUAUCGAUUUCAGAGAGACGGCACCCGCGGCGGCGUUCCAGGACAUGUACAACAACAAUACCAACAAUUCUAUUUACACCGGACUGGCCAGCGGAGUACCGGGCGAGCUACGUGGUCUGGAGCGCCUUCACAACAAUUACGGUGUCUUGCCUUGGAAAGAUCUGGUGAUGCCCGCGAUCAAGGUGGCGAGAGAUGGCUUUCCAGUCACUCAAGACCUCGUCAAAUACAUGGAUUCUGCUACCAGUGAUGACAACUUCCUUGUUGAGGAUCCGAAUUGGGCCAUCGACUUUGCUCCGAAUGGUACUCGUCUUGGCUUGGGAGAUACCAUUACCCGCAAGCGAUAUGCGGCUACUCUUGAGCAGAUUGCCGAGCGCGGAGUGGAUGCUUUCUACACGGGACCAAUCGCACAGCUCACGAUCAACACUAUUCAGGCCAACAACGGAACUAUGACCCUGGAAGACCUGAAGAACUACACAGUGGCCAUUCGAGACCCAGCAAGUAUCACAUACCGAGACUACAGGAUCCACAGCUGCAGCGCGCCUUCAUCCGGGACGGUGGCCAUGUCCGUGAUGAAAAUCAUCGAAGGCUACCCUGAUAUCGGCUACGCAGCCACUCUCAACCUCAGCACACACCUCUUCGACGAAGCCCUCCGAUUCGCCUACGGCCAACGCAGCGAGCUCGGCGAUCCACUCUUCGUCGACGGCAUGGACGAAUACCAAGCCGACAUGCUCAGCGCAGAGACCGCCGCCGCCGUCCGCGCCAAAAUCUCCCCCUUCCACACCUGGAAUGUCUCCGUCUACGACCCUUCCGGCUUCGAAUCCCUCGAGACGCCGGGCACCUCGGCCGUCGUCACCAGCGACGUCUCGGGCCUCACGGUAGCCCUCACGACCACGGUGAACCUCCUCUUCGGCUCCAAGAUCCUCGUCCCGGAAACCGGCGUCAUCCUCAACGACGAAAUGAACGACUUCAGCAUCCCGGGCUCGUCCAACGCGUUCGGCUACAUCGCCUCCCCGGCAAACUACAUCCGGCCCGGCAAACGGCCCCUGUCGUCCAUCUCCCCCACCAUCGUCGAGCACGCCAACGGCUCCUUCUACUUCGCCACCAGCGCCGCCGGCGGCAGCCGCAUCAUCACCAGCGUCCUGCAGAACCUCUGGCACGUGCUGGACCAGAACAUGACGUCCGCGCAGGCCCUGGCGCGCCCGCGGCUGCACGAUCAGCUCGUGCCGAAUCAGGUGUCGUUUGAGUAUGCGUAUGACAACGAGACGGUGGCGUUUAUGGAAGGUAGGGGCCACAAUGUGACGUGGGUCGCGCCGGGCGAGAGCACGGCGCAGGCGCUGCGGUUGUUCUGGAAUGGCACGUUUGAGGCUGCCGGGGAGCCGAGACAGCUUGAUAGUGGUGGGUUUGCUGUGUGA